UACGAGAGCGGCUUUCUCACCGAGGCGCUCCAGCAUCACACACAAUGGGAGGGAACCGGGAGCGGAGCUAGAGCCACGGCGGCGGACGCCAGAUGUGUGAUGCUCAGACGCGACCACGAGGCCGCUCGCCGUCGCCCGCGCGAGGGGAAACUUUUACCCUGCGUCGCUCCUCCGCGCCGUGAGCGCGCGGAGCCGCCGCCGACGCCGCCUGGCCGCUCGCACACCUGCUUCGUUGUCUUUGCGCUCAUUGCUGCCAGCGGAGCACGAGCGAUGCCGCAGAAACGGGGCUCGAGCGUCAAUAGAUCCUGUUGAAUCGAGAGCAGGCGUCGAGGCGCAGCCACAAAGUGUCCUCUCAGUGCGUCAGAGCACGGACGUGCGUGGCGGAUGCGAUGGUCGCUGGUUGGAACGGACAGGGGAUCGGUGAUUCUGCCUCCCAAAAUCGAGUGGCGGAUUUGGGUGGAAGGGAAGAAGUGCGUCGCCACCUCCCACUUCUCCUCCAGCAGAUGUGUUAGAGAGCGAGGCUGAGGCUGUGCUUUGGCCGCUGUACAAGCAUCAGAGGAUAAAGUGAUUCGGAUUCACCGGAGCUCCGUUUUUUAUUCCCAUCAUUUAAAAUGGCAACCACGAGACCGAGGAGGAUCCAAAGACGCAUUCGGGCGCGAGCCCCGGCCGUGGAGGAAUUAACCACCUGAUGGGCACCGGAGGAACCGGGAGGACACUGUUCUGGCGCUGCUCGUUGACUCGGUGAUCUAUAAUGUUGGACCAUUAACGGACGCUGUAAAACGGGGCGCGUGCGUAACAGGCCACAGCCGCUGGCCCCACGUUCUGUGGUUAUGGUAAUGAUGUCAUAACAGCCCGGAGGCCUGCGUCCGCACGGGAGGAGACUGUAGCUCAUCUCCUGUCAUGUAAGUAGCCACAUGGACUGCGUUCAACAUGGACCUGGCGUUAUUCUGACGUUCUCACGUCAACAACCGACUGCUCGAACCCGUUGAUGCCUCAUUUUCUCUGUGCGCGCGCUCCGAGCUGCAACUUUUUAUUCCGUGGCCGAGAGGCGGUUACUGUAGCGCUCACGGACCGAAGCGCGCACUGACUUAAAAUGGAGUUUGCCAUGGUGGGCGCGGACGGCGGGUGCAACAGUCACCUGCCCUACGGAUAUGCCCAGGCUCGCGCACGGGAGAGGGAGCGCGAGCGAGAGCGUCAGGCUGCCCACACGCGGGCGGCGGCGGCGGCGGCGGCGGCCGAAGGUGGAUCCGGUGCGGAGGGAGGCGGCGGCGGCGGCGGCGGCGGAGCGGGGGGGUCCUCCUCCAGCGCCCAUCUCCUCAACAACCGACAGCAUCAGUCUCGCGCCGCCUCUUCCACGAACGCCAACAUCAGCAGCGGCGGUACCGCCUCGCGCCCCUCCUCCUCCUCCACCUCCUCCGUGCAGCCGCCACAGCACCAGCACGAGCCCGAGCAGCAGCACAGAGUUGUCAGAGAGCGCAAGAAGCAGCGCGGCGUCGGGCGCUGGAGACGCGGCCGCGCGACCCUCGGCGGAGACCUGCGUCACUCGGAGCUCGCGCUGCUGGGAUCCGAGGAGGACAUUAUGAUAGAAGAGGAAGAGGCCGAUGGGGCCGAGGAGGAGGAGGAGGAGGGGGGGGAGGCGGGGGAGCGGGGAAGCCAGAGGUCCAGUUUUGUGUGUAACAUGGAUGAGGAGGAGGAGACCGUGUCGAUCACCGACAGACGCCCUCAGUCCGGAUACGAGAACGUCUACAGCGAGUGCGGCUGCUGCGAGAGGGUCGUCAUCAACGUGUCGGGGCUCAAGUUCGAAACCCAGCUCAAGACGCUCACGCAGUUCCCGGACACGCUGCUGGGAGACCCCGACAAGCGAAUCAGGUACUUCGACCCGCUGAGGAACGAAUACUUCUUCGACCGGAACCGGCCCAGCUUUGACGCCAUUCUCUACUACUAUCAGUCGGGGGGGCGCUUGAAAAGACCCGUGAACGUCCCGUUCGACAUCUUCUCGGAGGAGGUGAAGUUUUACGAACUCGGGGAGGAGGCGAUCCUCAAGUUCCGGGAGGAUGAGGGCUUCGUGAAGGAGGAGGAGAAGCCGCUGCCGGAGGACGAGUUCAAGCGCCAGAUCUGGCUGCUCUUCGAGUACCCGGAGAGUUCGAGUCCCGCCCGGGGCAUCGCGGUGGUGUCGGUCCUGGUCAUCGUCAUUUCCAUCGUCAUCUUCUGCCUGGAGACGCUGCCGGAGUUCAGGGACGAGAAGGAGUAUCUGCAGCCACGACGCAACUCCAGCCGGCCCGACCACGGAUUCACGCCGUUCAACGACCCGUUUUUCAUCGUGGAGACCGUGUGCAUCAUCUGGUUCUCCUUCGAGAUUAUCGUCCGCUUCUUCGCGAGUCCGAGCAAAACCGCUUUCUUUAAAAACAUCAUGAACACCAUAGACAUCGUGUCCAUUCUGCCUUAUUUCAUUACUCUGGGCACGGACCUGGCGCAGCACCAGGGCAACGGGCAGCACGCGAUGAGCUUCGCCAUCCUGAGGAUCGUGCGCCUCGUGCGCGUGUUCCGCAUCUUCAAGCUGUCCCGGCACUCCAAGGGGCUGCAGAUCCUGGGUCACACCCUGCGGGCCAGCAUGCGGGAGCUCGCGCUGCUCAUCUUCUUCCUGGUCAUCGGCGUCAUCCUCUUCUCCAGCGCCGUGUACUUCGCCGAGGCGGACGAGCCCACGUCCCAGUUCACGAGCAUCCCCGACGCGUUCUGGUGGGCCGUGGUGACCAUGACCACCGUGGGCUACGGCGACAUGAAGCCCAUCACGGUGGGCGGGAAGAUCGUCGGCUCGCUGUGCGCGAUCGCGGGCGUGUUAACCAUUGCGCUGCCGGUGCCGGUCAUCGUGUCCAACUUCAACUACUUUUACCACCGGGAGACGGACAACGAGGAGCAGCCGCCGGCGGCGGAGAGCCCGCCGCCGGGAUGCCCCUACUUCCCGGACUUCCUGCGGAAGUUCAAAGGCUCGCCCUCCGGCUCCUCGCUGGGCGACAAAGCGGAGUAUAUGGAGAUGGAGGAGGGCGUGACGGAGUCGCUGUGCGGGUUGGACAAGAGCCCGAGCAAAGGGAACGGCACCGACAUCAGCAGGAAAAACAGCACCAACUCCAGGUCCAUCCAGACUGACGUGUGAUCAGGAGAGUCCGCCUUUUCUUUUUACGCCCCAUGAAGCCACAGUCAGCCCAAAGGCAAGCGGUCCACACCAACACACGUCCACGCACGCCUCAAAGUCCACGCGCACGCGCACGCACGCACACGUCACCAAUUGGCAGGUCAAAACGUUUUAGCGCGUCCCGAACAUCAGCUUCUCCCGAAUCCUCCCCACAACGAACCGCAUCUGCCAAACGGAUGAGUCAUGGUUCCGACCCGUGUGGGAUCCACAGAAACCCAAACUCCACACAACACAGGCUAUGCAUUCGCACUUUACCAGUUCCAUCUGUCAAUAACAGUAAGAGUAGGGACCGUUUUGCUGUUAUGCAAUAAAGCUGAACAUUUCUUUGCACUAAUGUAGAAUUUUAACUGGCUUUGGCAGAUUUUUGUUUUCGAGACAGCAACUGUAGGCCAUGCAAAUGGAAACAACGUAGUCAUCGUCUGAUCAAUUAGCUGCAGAACGUUCCACAAAUACAGCAAACUAAGCAGAUUAACAGCAUCAGACUGAAAGAAGCUAAAGGAUUAAGUACUUUGUUAUCAUUCCAAAAGUUGAUUAACACUCAAGUCAUCGUUAGCAUUUAGCGCUCAUCAAAUGAACCAGGGCUAGAGUCAUUUCGAUGACAUCUACACAUGUUUCUCCACAACAGGCCAAGAAAAGCCUUGUGUUGUUGACCCACAAUGAGAGCUAAGCACAGGAAUCAUUAGAUAAGCCAGGUUUUGUGUGGACAGGCUUGGAGCCGUGGCAACAACACUUCCCCCACUUUCAUUUAACCUCAGAAUGACAAUAUCCCUUUACACGGACGCAGAUGGAAAGCUACAGCAAAAAUGACUCCAUGUGGAAACUGCUGCGCGGGAGUUUGUGAGCAACUUCCUCCUCUGUCCGCUGGACUUCCUGCACAAAAUCUAUUUUUUUCUCAAGAGGACUACGAUUCCCCCCAAGCUCAGAGGACCUUCAGGAUGUGGACGUCUUCCAAGCGCUGCCAGCUACAGGGAGAGGGAGUGUCCCCACAUCUCUGCAUAUGAGCAGAGAACAAGCAACACAUUGGGACUAGUCAUCGUCAGCACCAACGGACACUGAAAAGCAACAACAACCGGACGAACACUGGGAAACGUGAGGAUGAGGGUUACUGUGUGACAUCAGUAGAUGAAACCUCAAGGGUUGGGACGGGAAUGAAACCAUGAGUAAGUCGUGGCCCAAACUGAUUGCCUUAAUUACUACACACAUACAGUACAGAUGUAUGAAGCGAUGGAACUAAGAGACUUAUACGAGUUCAAAGAUGUGUUCUUUUCGUGUCAGAAAAGUGUCAGAUGUUAAUAUUAUAUGAUAGAGGUAAUGGUCGGUUGUUAUGUCGAAAUAAUGUUUUAGUUGGGUCGACUACGUAGGUGUGAUCAGUUACUAAGUGGUGAGUUUUGCUCAGCAGUUCCAACUCAAUCGGUUUCUAUCUUGUUUCCCACCAUCGGCCUCACUCAUCGGCCACAAACUCCUAAUUCACUCGUGUCAUAACGUAUGAGACUCCUCAUUCACAAAGUGUAGAGCGCGUUGGGAGCGGACUGUGACACGGCCACUGAACGACAGUGCAAACAAACAUUAAGAUCCACUUACACUAAAGCAAAGAUGUCUGGCACAUUAACGCCGUCAUAAAUAUCUGCCACAGUCACUCUGUGACAGAGAAGCAGGGGAUGAAACUCACCGGGCUUUUACCGCCCGCGAGUCACCGGCGCAGAGAUCAAACUCCACUUUUAUUUCUCAGAUGCAAAUUUCGAGCUGACCAGCUGCUUUGUCAACAUGUUCUCACUUUGAAUUUAACUGUAUGCAAAAGUAACAUGGACGUGUGUUCUAUAUUUUUUUAAUCCUAGCCUUGAUAAUUACAUAACCAAAGGUGAAACCCUGAAUUUAUUGUAUGUUGUGGACUUCUGGAAAAUGUUGUGAUAUAGAUGCACACUGAAUAGGAAACCAAUGUACAUAGCAGACGUUUAUACUUGUGUGUCCUAAGACGUGUUGCAGAUAGAGUAAUUUCAGACUUUUUACUUUCUUUGACUGUUACGACCAUGAACCGCGAUCAUCUGUGUUUGCUUUGUUGUUGCUGACACAACCCCGUCUCAUCCUAUUGUUGUGAAUGCUGCUCUAACAUUCUUCAUCCUUCAAGCAGGUUUCUGCUCCAUCACACUGACCACUGAUAAUCCAGACUCCUCCAUUUGGUUCAUUCGUAGGCUGCUCAUGUUUCUGCAUCUUUGUCAGAGAAGCAGUGGAUUUUGUUGGACCUGGUUCUCAUGGGUGGUCCGAUUAGAAAUGGUUCUGUUUUUGUAGUAGUACUUUAUGAAGACAGUCAUAUAAUGUGCUAACCGGCACCUUAAAGCUUGAAUUUAGAGCUUAGUGUCUUUAUCUUUUACAUCUGAGCAAAACCCAAAGUUCAUAUUCUCACUUUUUUUGUAUCUGUGCAUACCUCGUCACAGAAUUCUUCUGAAGAGAUGUUUACUGAAUGUUUCCGCUAGUUCCUUUGUUAAAAAAUGAGAUGUCACUUUUUUUUUGGCAGAUACAAACUACAUUUUGCCUUCUGCAUGUGAGCAGCUUUACCAGAAAUAUUAGUCUACUCCAGCAGACGUUAUACCACAGUAAGCAAAGAAAACGCGAUCCAAAGAAAAUCUCACAGGAAGCAAAUCAAUGUUUCAAAUUCAGAAAUAGGCUAAACUGUUUCAAAUCUUUAAACAAUUCUUUAAAAAUUAAAUGAAUGUAAGGAUAAACCUUUAUUCUUAUUAGUCAGAGAGUUUAUAUAUAUUAAAGUAAUAAAGACAAGUCAAAUACAUACAUUUGCUCUUUCCAUAAUUUUAGAGAUCAGUCAAAUAAAUAACAGAAAAAUGAGUUUUGAACUUAUAGGUUUGAAUAAAGUACUUUUGCUUCUCACCAAGACCUAAAGGAGAAGAUUUAUACACGACUGACCACACGUCAGAUGAUUAAAACAAAAUGAGGUACAACAUCAUCACGGUUGUGAAACCUGGUCCUCGGAACCAGGCUAGGACUUUUCCUGCUCCAGUCCUAGGAGCUGAGCUAGGCUAAGCUAACCAGCGGCUCCGUCGGCCUGUACACUUUAAGGUUACUUGUGUGAUUAACAAAAUCAUUAUUUAAUUCCAUUUUUACAGAUUCUAUACUUUUGGUACUAAUAGCAUCUCUCGCAGAAACAAAAAGAAUUGUGUCUACUCAAUGGAGCAUCUCCUGCAUGAAUCAGACCAAAGGUUUCUCUUCCUCUAUAAUGUGACCACAACCCAUUUAAAUAUAGGAUGUAUUCAGGUUUAACACUGAAGUACACACACUGCAACAAAUCACACAAAUGACAACAAACUUUCAUUUUAAAUCAAAGGAAACACUUCAAACUACAGUAACAGUAACUCAAACACUCCCAGAUACCAGACUUACAUCUUUCCUGUUGCUUUUCCACCUUGUAUCCUGAAUGCGUUAAACAUUAUACAGUAGUUGCAAUUAUAAAUAAUUCAAAAUCCUAUCUCACGUCGAUGUUUAGUUGUACAGAAACGUUUAGAAAGUUUUAGGAGACAGGGCUGUUGUUGUGUAGUAUGAGAUGUGGUAAUGAGCUAAAUCAAGCUCAGGCUUCACAGUGAGUAGACACAAUCCUUUAUAUAACACCAAACUACACCAACCUGAUCCUUUUACUAUUGGCAACAAUACGAUUGCCAGUAAUGUCUUUAUAUUACAAAUGAAUGAAAUGAAAAUAUAAUCUGUCUGUCCAGAUAUAUUUUCAGAAGAUUACACUGAUCUUGUCAGAUUACAGGCCUAAAGCACAAGUGGUUUCCAGCGUGAGGCGCUCACUGGCCCCUGCUUCAAUGUCUCCACUCAGGAGGAGAUGGCCUGAAGUUCCAUCAUUAGUCCAGAUGCAGAACCACAGAACAGCAGCAACUGGCUAAAUGCUGCACCGCAACAAAACCCAUUACCUACAUGCUCAACUACACGCAGAACUAACAAAGCCAAGCCAAAGAGCCAAAUGCCCACAAGUUAGUAGAGAACAAGAACAGGGUCGGCCUGAGAACUGAUCCCAGAGGUCCCACGACUAAUCAAGCAGAACCAACAAGCACAAAAGACCGUUAGAACUACGUUUAACCAGACAGUCUCCCACCCCUUUCUCGCCGUGUGAAUUAAAACAGGCCGCAGUUACAUCACGUUGCUGAGCGAAAUCUGCUUUCACCAGGAGAGCAGAGGCUGUGGAACCCACAGAGUCAGUACUGGGAAGUCACCGAUUCUGAUGAGUUACCAGUACAGAAAGAAAAACGUUUAUCCCUGUGAAAUGGAACAGAAAGGCCAGAAUCCAGCGCCAUUCACAUGGAUAUUAUUUAACAUUCUCGUCAUCUACAUCAAAUCAUGAGAAGAAAAAUAUCCUGAAGACUAAACAAACCGUCUCUAACGUAGCAUUUCUAGAGGUUCCUGUGGAUAUUACAUUUACCUGCAGUAAUAACUUGUGUGAUAACUGUUGUGAUUCAGCACAGUCAAUGAGUAGAUUUUAAAAAGCUGUUAACAGUCAGUGUGGGGGACGUUAGAUAAGAGAUAGAGCAAGGUGAGAGGGGGAGAUUUUAAUUACAAUCACCUCUGAGCUGGAAAAGUCACAGGCGCUGCGUUGGUGGCGUUAUUUGGUGACAGCUUCUGGUCAGAGGAGGACAUUCACCCAACACGGUUCAGCGGUUUUCACCUAUUUAGGAGAAGCACUGACCUCAUUUACUGGACAAUUCUUUCUAGGGAUCAGUUUUGAUUAAUUUAAACUGUCUCACGAUCCACAUUGUGAGAAAAUGCUUUCGUGUAGAAGCUCACGAAUUUCUGAGGCUUAAACAACUGUGAGGCUCCUGCGCUCCACAUUCCACACAGCAACGAGGCCAGAUUAACUUUAAGAUGAAUGUCUCCUUUAAUCGAUAACAGGAUUCUUUCUAUGAGAAACAAAAGUAUUGACCACACACUUAAAUCUAAGCCAAUCAAAAGCCCCGUGUUCAGAUUUAAUACUGCUUCUUACAUUUUCCAGUUCUUUAAGCAUUUAAUUUAUUAUAAAUGUAUAUUUGGGAUAGUUUUGUUGCAAUUCAUAAUCUGUCACCAGAUCCCCUGAAGCCAGUGCUGUCAACCUUAAUCAUAAUAUAUUAUAAGGGAAUCCAUUUCACUAGAAAAAUGUUUUUUUUUUGUCAGAGCAGGAAAGAAUUCGUCCAAACCAUAGUCUAGGAAAUAUUCCAAAACAACAGAAAUCCUACAGUGAGCAGUCUGAAGGGGUUUAUUGUUCCUGUCACUUCUGUCCUCAGUGUUUUUGUCAAGUAACAAACUGAAUGACCUGAUGAAGCCCAGUGUCAGUGUUGCACCCAAGCAGCACUGCACUACACAGGUCCACCGCCAUAAAUAACAGUAUUGCAUUAGUGUAAGGACGGCAACUAGCAAUGACGGUAACAUCCACAGCGUUAGGUAACACCAGGACCCGGUAUGCUUUAAUCUCCUUAUGAACAAGGUGGCUUAUGAGCAGCACUGCACAACUGUUCAACAGUGAUGCAGAUUGUUUUUGCUCAGUGUUCAUGCCGGAUAUUAUGUGACUGACUGGAUUUCAGGUUGUUUUCCACCAUCUGCCUCUUGCAGAACUGUAUUAGUGCCGUUUGCUGCAAAUGCAAUGAUUGCAGCGUUUUGCUCGGCCACAUCUAUAUUUAGCAAAUUAUUUUGUGUGGGAGACAAACAGAAAUGCUACACAGACAAGAAAGGCCUUGAUGAACUCUGCUAAUGUCAAACACUGGCUUAAUAACAGGUUACCACAAGCCUCUUGAUGUGAUAACUACGGUCAUUAAAGUCAUUUCGCUACAAUCAGAAGCUGGUUCUUCUUUCAUAGAUUAAAAUAUAAUAGUCUUCAUUGGCUUGAACAGUACCUGGACUGUGUCUGACUCAUAGCUCAGCUGAGCAGUAAGGAGGUGAUAUUUAACUAAACCAAGAAGCUAUGAUACAGUAAGUGGUUUAAAUAUAUGUAUCACAUCAUGUCCCACUCUCAGUUGUACUGUUGUUUGUUGCAAAAGCGUCAGAUAAAACAUAUCCUGAGUUUGUUUCAUAGUUUGUUUGAUAUAUUUUCUGUGCUUUGUUUUUGGCAACCAGCAGUUUUUGCACAAAGAGUAUGAUUUGACAGGCUGCUAGGAUCCACAUGGUGAUAUGAUGCAUCCGAUGACUACACACAAGCACUUCUGCCUUUAGAGGACAGUGACUGUGGUGGGACAGUUGUCUGCGUGUGGGCUUUGGUGAAGUUCCCCUAAAGAAGCCUCCAGAUGUCCAGCAGAAAGGUUCAGGCCAAGAAUCACGAAGCACCGAUCAUUUGGUGACAUAGAAGUGGCCAUUAUGGUUUUUAUAUAACAUGCAUUCACAUCAGAGAUUAUUAUUACAAUAUGACUCAACUGCUGCUUCUUUGCUCAACGGGAGCUUGAUGAGGGGCGACUGAAAGACACUAAACCUGGUAAACUGGACAGGAUUGAAAUGGAAUUUAAGCCCAGUAUAUUCAGGGGUCUAUGCAAGAUGGUGCAGUUGGUCAGACUACGACUCAGCCACAUCAGUACCUGGUCGUCAUGUAGUCCACGCGGUCCUUCUUGUCUCAGUCACGUCCCGUUUCUGUAGCCACACACCUCUUCUUUGCAGAAGGGAACUCCACAGGUGUUUCAGAACAACGAUGGGUCGGUGCGUUUGUUUUAAUGUUAGUGCUUUAAACGGAGGCUGUUCCAACUCUUCACUCACUCACAACAAAGGGAGGGAAUCGUUUCCUGGUGAGGAACAAGCUGAAAGUCGCUAUUAAUGAACAUGUAAAAUAUUUCUACAGCUCGGGUGUUGAGAAAUAUCCAUGUGAGUUUUGGCCAGCCUUGCUUUUACUCUGCAUGAUGCUUUGUUUUGAGAAAAUUGCAUCUUAACCCGAGGUAUGUUUGUAUUCUUUUCCCGAGGGUGCUCCUCUACUUCUCUCUCUCUGUAACGUUGGAGCUUGUCACUUCUAACCUUAAUUCUUCUCUUUUUUUUUCUUCUUUACUUUUUGGUAAACCUUCCAACUUCUGGAUUUUCUACAUUCACAUUUUGUAGACAGCAAUAUGAGAUGUGAUUGAAAAUGGAAUAUGUGCAAUGUUGACUACAGAAAAAUAUAAUAUAUUCAAUAAAAAUUCAGAAAACA